UUUUCCCGGAAUCUCACAUGUAAUACGCAAAAUGGGAGAAGGUUGGCAAAAAAAAUAGGGUAACAUAACCUGCAACCGGAGGGGGCCGACUUCCGCCAACAGGUGGGAGGAGGUGAAGCAGAAGAAAGGAAGCAAUCUGAGGGAUUCGCAGUUGUAUCCGUUAUAAUGUUAUUAUCACUCCACCUUGCACAGCAGCCCGCCUUUAAAGUUGUUCUCCUGCUAAUGUUACUGUUGAGAGUGAACAGUCACUUCACGUACACUCUGCUGUACACAAAUGUCCUUCCCAGUUUGGUUGUACCCAAGUGAAACACGAAAAAGAAACCAAUCCCUGUUCUAACAACUUAUGAUACCAUUUGUUUCACUGAGAGCUUGUAACCAGAAUAACGCCUGCUGGCUGUCUUGUAUUUUCUUGUGUGUGGCAGUAGUACUGAUACUUUUUGUAUUCGAAUGAGUGAAGCAAUGAUUGUGAACCACAAUUUGCAACAACUUGAGGCACUUGAGGCUUGUCAAAGUCUUUUACAUUUAACAACAUGUGGUCUCUGUUCAUGACAUCUAGAAACAUGUUAGAGUUGAAGAUUAUGUCUAGUGUCAUACAAAGAUUGCAUUCAAAGAGUAAGAAGCCUUUGGCAUCCGAAGUCCUUACCUGUUACCUGCUGCAGUGUAAGGAGCCUCCAUGGACUUCUUACUUUGUCCGAUAUAGCAGUGUGAAGGAUGAUCAAUGGGGCCUCUCACAUUUCAACUGGCCCGCAGGAAACUCAAACUACCAUAUUCUUCGCACUGGCUGUUACCCAUUCAUUAAGUAUCAUUGCUCAAAGCGUCAUCAUCAGGAUCUUGCAUUGGAAAAUUUUCUAAUGCGAUUGAUCAAAAUUACGAACUUGUGCAUUCCAUGUUUAUUGUAUGGUUUAGCUGCAACCCAGCUAAUAAGACAUGAAGAAGAAGUACACACACAACAUGGGCCUGUAAACAUAUAUUUUCUCUACCCAGAAGACAAGGGAUCUCUUCACUAAUGUAUGUUCAUGAAUUCUACUUGUAUUUUUAAAUAGAAAUUUCAAAUUAUAACUUGAGCUCUGUGAACCAAAUUGUAACUCUGCUGUGUAAGUAGUCAUUUUAAAGUUAUAUACUUUAUGUUUAGGUCAUCAGUUUUCUAGUCAGUCCUUGUAUUUUUAUCAAGUAAACCCAUUUGUAUUUGAGCUCAUUUCAUAUCACUCCUGAUUCAAGAAACUCAUUGUGAUCUUAUUCUAGGAAAAAGGAUAUCUUUUAUUUAUAAGGAAUUAUGUAAGGAUAGUGUUUUGCUUGUUUUUUUCUGGUAUAUGUUGCAGAUACAUCACAUCUAAAUUGCAAUUUCACGUUUUAUUUCAAAUUGUUUCCAGUCCUCUCAUUUUUCCUUCUCUGUGUUUCAUUGAGUGUGUCCGAAUUCUCCAGUGUGUUGACACUUCUCAACACAAGUUGUGUCAAGGAGUAAAGUGGAGCAGCCUGACCUAGCUGUGAUUGGCCGCUCACGCUACUCUGCUCCACUCCUUGACACAAUUUGUGUCGAAAAGGCUGGACACAUUCCGACACACUCGUUGCCACAAUUUUGUAAGUAACAACUUUGUACCCCAUCAUAACAACUAAAACUUCAGUGUACAUUCCUUAUGAUUUUUUUCCCUCAUUUCAUUCUUAGAGAGAAUGAUGGUCUUGUAAAGAUUAAAGAAAUGUUGAUUUUUCACUUGCAAUAUUGUUUGUACUGAGUUUGCAACUAACUUCAAUAUUUUGAGAGAAAAAUAUCAAGAAAAAUGCAAUAAAAGACAAAUGCAAAGCUAAAACAAUUAGUGCUUGGUUUGUAUUUUGUCCCUUCUAGUGCGUUUGUUUUAUCAGUGACAGCUCACCCAGUUCUUCAAAUUUGCAUGACUUUUUUUCUCUUGAGGCAAGCAGAGUAACUACUGGAAAGAACCGUGAGGGCAGUGCAAAGUAUGGAUAUUGAUUUAUUCAGUGGAAUAUCACACCCAAUGGAUAAAAAAGAUAAUUUAGGAUAUGUGAGAAUUUGCUUUAGUAAGGAAGGAGAUACAAUAUGUUACUUUUUGUUUCUAAACGGUGACUUGCAAAAUUUUUGUCAUGUCUUACUGAAAUGAUGCUUCUCAGUACAGUAUGCACAUGUCUGACCCGAAAACAAGAUUUGUGUAAAUAGUUAUGUCACAUGGUACCACAGGAAUAAUAAUAAUAAUAAAAAAUA